AUGGCCCUGGAUACCUCUACCAAGACCGAGGACGGCAAGAACUAUGUCCUUGUCGGAGACGAAACCCCCGAGACCAGCAGCAGCAGCGGCGGAGAUGCUACGGCGCUUAAAGACGAGCCGGCGCAGUGUCCGGAGAUCGUGUAUAAAGUCCAGUACAAGGAUUUCUCGGGCGAUAUCAAGGGAACCAAACUUCUCGAUGCGCCGUACAAACUGAAGAAAGCAUCAUAUGGCGCCACCGGGACGCCAAUUCUUGAAGUCUUGUACAGUGUCACGGUAUGGUUUCCCAAGAUCUACAACAAGGGCAAGGGAGGGGAGAAAGACACACUACAGGAGAAGGACAAAAACGACAAGGAGAACUUCGACGAGCGGUCUAUGGAAGACAAGGUCCUGAUUAUCCACUCCGAGGCCAUCAUCAAGGCGCUCCGAGCCAUCGUCGACUACUACCCCGGACAAUCGCUCCUCGGCGACACCAUCUCCAUCAAAGAGCCCUUCAGCAUCCUAGUGCACUUCCGCAAGGAACUGCAGGAGUACAAGGAGAAGUGCGGCGAUGCAGAGGCCUUUCACCACAUUACUAUUCUGCAGAAAUACCUCGCUGAUAACCUGGGCGAUAAGAUUCUCGAGGAGGAUCAGAGAUAUACGAAGCCGACGCCCGUCGCUACGUUCGAGAUGCUGUGGAUGCUGUUUAAGCCUGGUAUGGAUGUCUAUGCGCAGCUCGAUGAUCAGCGUGGCGGGUUCGUGGUCCAGUCAUGUGUGCCGCACCUCGAUGGCCUCAAGUUCGGCUACAUUGCACCCUUCAAAGUCAUGAUGUGGUACCUUGACUUCGAUGGCCGGCUGGUUGGGCGGAGGCCGCACGAAGUGAUAAUCGCUCCCUUUGAAGGCGAGCGCGAGAUCACGUCGUUGAAAGUGUUCCCGGCCAAGUUCCUGGACUCCAACACAGAGCUGUCGCCGAGAAGGAAGCUCGAGGAUCGCGGUGAGAAGUUCUAUAGCAUGUUGAUGGGCAAGCAGAUGGACUACAAGGGCUACAGCAUGGCAGCGGCCAAGACCCCAAAGCGUUUCCAUGAAGGGCGUGUUGUGGUUGAUCAGGGUUCCUUUUACACCUAUGCCGAUUGGGAGGAGACAGACAAGCACCCCGCGCCCGAUCUCUGUGUCGAUGAUGACAACUCUGGUAUCCUCGCUGGUCUGCACUACGACUGCAACUGCGACGAAUGCAUGUACACCCGACGGGCAGCCUCUGGCAACACAAAAUGGGGAACCUACGAGAACCUCGACCCGCGCGAUACUCCCAGCCUAGCCAUCACCAAGGACGACGGCUCGAUCGACCGGCACAGAUACUUCCUCUUCCCGCGCCGAAUCAUGGGUUUCGAUCUCAAGUCGAAGAAGUGGCAAGCGCUAGACGUAGACUGCUGCCGCGCGCCCAAGAUCAAGACCGAAGCCAUCGAGAACCUAGUCCUGCCCUCGGACAAACAAGAGCUCAUCAAGGCGCUGGUGCACAAAUACAGCUCCUCGCGCAACAGCAGCAAGAAGAACAGCAGCGCCGAAGCGACCUGGUCCGCGGACCCGAUCCCCAACAAAGGCGAAGGGCAGAUCUUCCUCCUGCACGGCCCGCCGGGCGCCGGCAAGACCUUCACGGCGGAAUGCGUCGCGGAAUUCACGUCGCGGCCACUGCUCUCGCUGACGUGCGGCGACAUCGGCACGGACGAGUUCACGGUCGAAGAGUCCCUCAGCAAGUGGUUCAAGCUCGCGGAGAUCUGGGGCGCCGUGAUGCUGAUCGACGAAGCAGACGUGUACCUGGAGCGGCGCGAGGUCAACGAGCUGACGCGCAACGGGCUCGUCAGCGUCUUCCUGCGCGCCAUGGAGUACUACCGCGGCAUCCUGUUCCUGACGACGAACCGCGUCGGCCACUUCGACCCGGCCUUCUUCAGCAGGAUCCACGUGUAUAUCGGGUACCGGCCGCUGGACGCCGAGGGGCGCAGGAGGAUCUGGGUGCAGUUUUUCCAGAAGCUCGAGACGGAGCGCGGGGACGAGAUUAGUGUCAAGGCCGGCGCGAAGCGCUACGUGUUGAGUGAUGAUGUGCUGAAGGAUAUCGAGUGGAAUGGACGCGAGAUCCGGAAUGCGUUCCAGACUGCUGUUGCGUUGGCUGAAUACGAGGCGGAGCAGAAGGCGAAGAAGCAGAAGAAGGGUACGGAGGGAGAGGGGGAGGAGAAGAGGCUGGAGAUUGAGCUGAGACAGGAUCAUUUUGAAAAGGUGGUGGAGAUGAGUGAUAAUUUCAAAAAGUACCUGUCUACGGUUGAUAUGGAUGGGAAGGGAGCAGAUAGGGGGGAUGACACUAUGCUAUAA